AUGCCUUCUUCCGAGGCCACAGCGUCAAACGGAGUAUACACGGACGGCGUCGAGAGCAACAAUGCGAACGGAUACUCACACUCAGGUGUCAACGGAAAUGGCCCAUACUUGAAAGCGAAUCACCCGUUAAAUGUCAUUAUUGUCGGGGCGGGCGUUGCAGGUUUAGCGCUUGCCGGUAUCUUGGGCCAUUCGGGACACAAAGUUAUCGUUCUGGAGGCAGCACCGAUGAUUGCUGAAGUGGGCGCAGGAAUCAAUUGCUCUCCGAACCUCACGCGCCUAUUGAGCCGAUGGGGCCUCGACAAGCGUGUACGCAAGCACACGAAUUCUCUCACUCGAAUCGACCUAAGAAGAUGGAAAGACGGCGAGUUUCUCGGCGCAGCCACUCUCAUGCCCGAGAUCGAGAGGAGACACGGGGCGCCGCAGUAUGCGAUCCAUCGUGCCGAUCUCCACGAAGCGCUGAUGGAAGAGGCCGACGCGGUGGCCGAGGUUCGCAUCAACAGCAUGGUUACAAGUCUUGACUUUGACAAGCCUUCGGUGACCCUGUCGGAUGGCAGCGUACUUGACGCAGAUGUGGUUGUUGGUGCAGACGGGAUGAAAUCUACCUGCAGAAGACUGAUUUACCAGAAACUCGGUCUGCUCGACAAAGCGAAGCCAACGGGAGACGCUGCCUUCCGCGCAUGCAUACCCUUAGAACUGGUUACGGACCCAGAGUUGCGAGCUUUCAUCACAGAACCCGUGGCGACGAGGUGGAUGGGCCCUGAUAGACAUGUGCAGGCUUAUCCAAUACGACAUGGAAAUCUUUAUAACAUGGUGAUGUGCCACCCAGACACCGGCUUCUCAGAAGAGUCCUGGACCGCGAAAGCCUCCAAACAGGAGAUUCUGGACCACUUUGGGUCGUGGGACCCCGUUCGGCUGCGCAAGCUCUUGGACUUUAUCCCUGACGAGAACGUGAUGAAAUGGCGGCUGUGCGAGCACGAUCCACUUCCCACAUGGGUGAUGGGAAAGGUGGUUCUCCUCGGCGACGCUUGCCAUCCCAUGUUGCCAUACGUCGCGCAAGGUGCCGCUCAAGCAAUUGAAGAUGUUGGGGUCAUUUGCUUGGCCCUCAAUCGCGUGUCGAAGCCAGAGGAAAUACCAAUGCUGCUCAAGGCCUUUGAAGUAGCGCGAAAGGCCCGGGCUGAGCACGUUGCGAGUACGGGUGGCGCCACGCGCCGCGUCCUGCACCUCCACGAUGGGCCGGAGCAACAGGCAAGAGACGAAAAGUUCAAGUCGGUUUCCAGGGGCGGGGAGAAUCCUGACCUGCUGGGCGACGCCAAGGCACAGUCGUUUCUGUGGGGGUAUGAUCCGGAAAAGGAAUUCUCGGACACCUUUGAGAGUCUGAUCCGGGAGGCACAAGACCUUCUCGCUGAGCCGACUGCAAGAGUGGUGGAUCUCUGA